AUGCACCGCCCGCGCCACUCGUCGCUCGACGUCGUCGACCCCCGCGGCGGCGCCUCUUCGCAAGAGGAGUGGACCGCGUUCCUGUCGUCGAGUAUGAUGGCGCUGUCGACGACGGCCGAUCCAGAAGCGUCGCCGCCCCUGUCGCGCGCGCACUCGCCCCCCAAACGCACCGGUACCGUCCAGCAACAGCAGUCGAGCGACGACCCCCUGCGCACCCGUCGGGCGGCAAAGCCACGCGGGAUGUCGAUGAACGAAGCGCUGUCGCCGUCGCUGCCGCAGUCGGUCGACGUCUGGCGCCCAUUGGGUCGUCGCGUGGCGUCGCCGCCGCCGUCGAACUCGUCAGCGGCCACGUCGCCGCUGUCGGAGACGCCCACGGGUCGACCGAGUCGCGCUCUGCUGCCGGACGUGGCUACACGUCGGGACCAAAGGGGGCGCAGUGCUCUGGUGGACAAGGGAAGCACGGAACAGGGCACGGAAGAGAAGCUCCAGCACGUGGCCGGGUAUCGAGGAGUCGUGGGCUCGUGCCUGUCGUCGUCGGGCUCGUCGUUUUACGACUCGUCGUCGUCAGAGGACGACCAACAGCAGCAGCAGCAACAGCAGCUCAAAGGACGUGCGUCGUCCAUGCAGAACGUGCUACUGGGUUCAGUGUCGGGGGCGCCGCCUCCGCCAGUGGAUCCAAUGUAUGCCGAGUCGUGUCUCCCUGUGCUGUCGCAGCUCCCGCGUCCACCGCGGAGCAUCAGUGUGGACAGUGGGAGUGGAAGCCUGACGAGCUCGCUCCUUCACGUCAAGUCGCCCGUGCUCGGGAGCCAGAAAGAUGCACAGACGUGGCAAUUGCAAGACGAAGAGUUUCUGAUGACGUCGCCACGCUUUGGCACGUCGCUGAACAACAGGGACGGAGAGCAGGUCGACUCGUUUCACGAUGAGAGCGUGGGCUCGCUGCUAUCGACCGACGCGGGCAACCAGUACGAUGACAAGUACCAAGGCCAUCCCAGGUUGACUAAGGACACGCGCGCGUCGUCGAUGGACUUUACACUGGGUCGGCGUGACGAAGUAAGCCCGCCACUACCUCCUCCACAGGAGCCGUAUCAACGGCUACGUGCGCGGUCGUUUUCAUACUCGGCGACGUAUGGAGCUUCGGUACACGACCCCUUUGGCAAGCAGCAGUUCGGCUCCAUGCCUCUCCACCAGCAGCAGCUACAGCAGCCACCGCCAAUGAUGGCACAGGAUCUGCCACAGUCACUUCGCAGUUUCCAUGCUGGAAGUGGCAUGAUGCCACCGGGACAACUACAGUCACUGCCCGCUGGCGUUCGUCCUCCGCGCGGGAGCAUUCGGACGGAUCCUUCCAUACGCCAGUAUCAGUACGGGCCGCCAGUGCCGUACCGCCGGUACUCUGAUGCGUUUACAAUUCCGUCGUACCCGGAUUCGUACACCGGUGAUCAACAGGAAGUGCCACCACGCCAGGGGAGCGCGGGUCGUGUGAUGCGCUCGUACAGCAUGGAGUUUGGAAGCUAUCCGUCUGCGCGCCAAGUUCGUAGCCAAUCGAUGGAGGGAGUACAGCUUUUUGCAUCAGCGCCUCCAAUGGAAUACUGUCCAUCUCUGAGUCGUAGCAACUCGGCCGGUGUGGCCUUCGAUUGGUCACGUGGACGUAUGGAUACGGCGCCCCCGCUCCCGCCAGAUGUGCGACCCGCAGGUGGCAAUGGUGCUAGCCAUUUUCCGCGCCCGCCUCCGGAAGCGUACUAUGAUGUGGAGUUCAAACGGGGACGGAAGGAAGUGUUUGCUGGUCGUGCAGCGUACAAGCCUGGUGAUUACGUCAAGGUCGAAGCGGAUCGUGGAGAAGACAUUGGGCGCAUUGUACGGCGCAUUACCGACGUGUCGAAGGGGUUUCCGGUGAAUGAAACGGGAAGCGCAGGUGAGGAGUGCACGGGGCGUGGCAAGCGCCAUGACCUGCCGACGAAGAAGAUUAUAUGUGUAGCAAGCCAGCGUGAACUAGAGGUGCUGAACGGACAGCGUAAAGAGGAGUACGAGGUGUUUGAAGUAUGCAGGAGCAAAGUGCGUCAGCGCCUGCUUCCCAUGAAUGUGAUUGACGCGGAGUACCAGUUUGACCGUCACAAGCUGACGUUUUUCUUCGAAGCCGACCGGCGAAUUGACUUUCGGGAACUCGUUCGUGACCUCUUUGCGAUCUACAAGACGCGCAUCUGGCUGCAACAGGUCGUUCCGUCAGGCAAGAAACCGGGAUGUGAGUCCGAGAGUCGGUAA